AGUUGAAGCUGCAUGCCUAGAUUAGUUAGCCAGCUGUAAGUGUCUGUAAAGUAAUUUAAUCGUAAAUGGUUAAACGGUAUCUCUUAAAUCAUAGCCACUAUGAAAGUAGUCUAAUUUCUGUGCCCGCGGAUGCUACGAUAACCUAGAAAAAAUGGACGCCUUGGAGUGUGUUGUUGAUGAAGUUGCACUUGAGGGUUUGGAUGGGAUAAGUGUAAACGCACUAUGGACGAGGCUGGAGAACAGAAUCCCCCAGUUUAGCCUCACCUUAGAUCCACCCACCAAGGAAUACCUGUGGAGGUGCCUGGUCUGCAACCCAGAGAUCAGUUUCUAUGAACUUCCUCAAGCCAGGAAACCGAUCGUGUUGACGGACCGGUUCGCAGAGAUUGAUCCGGAGACUGGCAUUCAAGAAAUUCGGCGGCUUACUCUUGACGCAGAUGACGCAGUCUAUCCUGUUCAUGUUAUCCAAGACAACAAAGAUGGAAUUCAGGGCUCUUGCCAGUAUUUCAAGGAGCGGAAAGACAUCACAAGUAAAAUACGGCAGGAUAACUUCACCCCCAUCCUCACGCUGGAGCAAAUGGUUUCGAAGUGGGGCGAGAAGCUGGUUGCCGUGGCGUCACAGGCGGUCCGGUACCGUACUCUGAUUGGUCCUGAGGGGGACCCCGAGCUGAAGCUCACGGACACGUCCUACUGCAUCCUGGAGCGGCUUGGCAGAGCACGGUGGCAGGGGGAGCUGCAGAGAGACCUGCACUCCAACACAUUCAAGGUGGACGCGAGGAAGAUGCACUACCUGCGUCGGUCACUGGACAGAAACAAGAUGAUCACCAUGCAGACGCACGUCAUCCGUAUGGCCAACGGGGGGCAGCAGUGCUCCAUCCUGCUGCUGCUCAACCGCUUCCAUGUGGACAGGAGGGGCAAGUAUGACAUCCUCAUGGAGUGCACAUCUAACAUCCUCUCCUCCUCGCCCAACAAUAUUGGCAUCAUGCUCAAACUCCGACAUCAACUGCAUGUGUCUGAGCGCACCUUCAAGCGUGUCUACCACUACAUGGCGGCGGCCAAACUGGUGGAAGUCAUCAAUCUGCCUCUGCACCAGAUCACCCCCGGCGCCGGGGCCAUCAAGUCUAAGAAGGGAACUGACAUAAUGGUGCGUUGCCUCAAGCUCCUCAAGCCUUAUGGCAAGAAGAAAGAGGAUGACGAUGAUGAAGACAACGACGAUGACGAUAAUGACGGACGGAAUGUGAUCGCUGAGGGGCGGGAUGUGGAGAAGGAUGUGGCCUCUUAUGCUUACGAGAUUGUGGUAAAUGCCGGGACCAAAGGCAUCUCUCAGAGUGAGCUCAGGAAGCGUCUGAACAUCGGCAAGCUGGAGGGUCGCAUGAUCUGCAGACUGCUGGACAGGAACGACAUGAUCAAAGGUUUCAUGGAGGACGAGGGCCGCCAGCGCACCACCAAGUACAUCAGCAAGCAGUUUGUGGAGCAGAGCGAGGCUCAAAGCGCCGCCGCCACCGGGGGAACACGUCCGUGUGACCCGACAGGGUGCACCCGCCACACGCCCACCGCCACGCCCACACCCGCCACGCCCAAACCCCCCGCGGCCAAGCGCAAGAAGGAGGAGGAGGAGGAUGUGGGCUCGGGGCAAAGGGGAAAGGAGCUUGCACCAGAUGCAGAGCGGGAAGGAGAACCGCACAGGGUUCCAGAACUAGAACCGCAGCCUCAGGAGGAGGAGGAAGAGGAGGAGGAGGAGGAGGAGAUGGGGGCGGUGAAGGAUGUGGAGCCGGCAGGCGGGAAGAAGGGGCAAAAGACAGCGAAGGGGUCAGUGAAGGGCAAGGGCAAGGGCAAGAAGGCGGCACUGGACCAGACUGUGGACACAGAGGGUGCCGAGGGGACUCCAGGCCGCCUGAGACAGACCAAACUAAGCUUCGCUCAUGCCAGGCCCUCUACCCCACAGAGGGAUAAGACUCCGCCCCCCUCUAUCAAUCUGGUUGGUGACGAAACCCUGGCGUAUUUGGAGCAAGAGAUAGCGGCUGAGGAGUUUGACCAAUCAGACCUCACUAUGGACACUUCUGCUGCCACGGUUCCCACCCCCGUUCACAGCUUCAGCCAAUCACCAUCUCCUGGCGAGAGCGUCACACUUGUGGAGGAGGUGCUUGAGCCUAAAAUGAAACUGCCAGACAAGGGCAGUCGUCGAAUACAGAAUAAGAAAGUGACCUACCGGCUCCUCAAACGCAAGAACAUCAUCAUCGAGACAGUCCGCAACCUCAAGAUCAUCGAGAAUAUCUUCACUCUGCAGAAAAUGCUAAUUGAAUCAGAGAGGGCGGACGGCGUGAGCACCAGGGUGUGUAAGAAGAGCAUCGUGAGGCUCGUCAGGAGUCUGUCUCGCGAGGGGCAGCUCCGCCUCUACAGGACCACCAUUAUACAGGACGGCAUCAGCAAACGGGUGGAGUUUGUGGUCCAUCCCUCCAUCACCCCUGAUGACCCGCUGAUCAAGAGUGCUAUAGAACAGGUCCGCUUCCGCAUCUCUGGGUCCUACUCCUCCCUCAGGCUGCGGACCCACGACGAGAAGAAGCAGGAGAAGAAGGAACCGACCAAGCCACCACCAAAACCCCACAAGCUGGACCAGAAGAUGGGCAUCAUGCCCCUCACCGACUUCCGGCCCGCCGUAGUCCCUGGCUACGGUCGAGCUCUUGGCUUUCAGCCCAAGAUGCCGCGCUUGAGGAUGGUCCACACCUUUAUCUGGUACGUGGUGUACGGACACCCGCUCAGCCCGUUCCGCAGUCCCGAGGCCAACGCGUCUGACCAGGAAGUGAAUAAAAAUGCACAGGAAGUGAUUGCUGGAACAUCAGGGCUGGGACCGGAAGUGGAGGUAAACGCACAGAAAACGGAUAUGGGCACCCAGGAAGCUGCGCCGUCGAGCACGCUUUUGCAGGAACAGGAUGCGACAUCAAGUGAACAGGAAGCAGCAAGUGAGCACAUGCGUGUCUAUGUCGAUGAGAUCAACUGGAAGCGCUACGUGCCUCCUCUCCCAGUGCAUAAGGAGUUUGGGACUGGAUGGGCCCUGACUAGUGACAUCCUCAUCAGCCUACCGCUCUCCCUCCUCAUCCAGAUCAUCCACAUCAGCUACAAGGUUGACGGUCUGGAGGAGUAUGUGAACGACCCGGUGAAGAAGCACUACCUGGUCAGAUUCCUGCCCUCGGCCAUGAAGAGACAGCUGCUCUUCAAACGGAAGUAUGUGUUCAGCUUCUAUGAGAGUUUAGAUCGACUCUGCAGCAUGGGCCUGAUGCAGUUCGGCCCCAUGGAGAAGUUUCAGGAGAAAGAUCAGAUGUUUGUGUACAUGAAGCGUUACGCCACCAUCACCGACACCACCACGUGCGAGCCCCACUAUAACCUGGCGAAGAGUCCUCGGCCCUUCGAGCGUCGCCGCUACCACUUCCUCGCCGCGCAGGACGUGGACAGCUAUUGGUUCGACCUGCUGUGCGUGUGCCUCAACACACCACUAGGUCUGAUUCGUCUCCACGCUACGGAGGGGGAGAACGGAGUGGAGAGAGAGAAGCCAGACCCGCACAAAUACCCACGGAUUCGCCAUACACUUCCUCGGAGCAGUCACGUCGUAGACGAUGGCGUUACCCCUGGUGACGGUCUCGGGGCGGGUGGUCUGGACUCUGAGUUUUACGCCCACUUGAAGAGGAACUGGAUCUGGAACUGUCAUCUGAUCGACAAGACCGCAAAGGAUACUCCAAUUACCCUUCAAACCAGCCCCAGUGUGAGGUUACGCAACCUUCUGAACAAACACCUGCUCUCCAAGAAUGUCAUUGCAGUGAGUGACAAGAGAAGCCCCAAUCACGCCAAGCUGCUGCUGCCCAAGGUGGUGGAGGAGGAGGUGCAGACGGCCCUGGAGCCCAACACCCGCAAGCAGCAGAACCGCGGCGGGCGCCAGCAGAAGCGCAAGCGCGUCCGCAAACCACAGACCGCCAAGAAGAAGAAGGAGAAGAAGGAGAAGCCCAAAAAACCGAUGGUGCGUCAGUUCCUGGACAAGACGGACCGUGAUGCGCUGCUGAGGAUGACCCGUAAGCGCGUGGCCUGGAGUCAGCAGGAGGACAGUCUGCUCAUGCUCUGUAGAGUGGCCUGCCACUUCCUCAACCGCAAGAUCAAGAAGGCGUUUGUGCCAUGGCAGGUGGUGAGGGAUCUGUUGCACGCUGAGUUUGAGGCAUCUCUGGAUAAGACCUCUCACGCAGUGGGCAGACGCGCACGCUACAUCAUGAAGAACCCACAGACCUACCUCAACUUCAAGAUCUGUCUGGCUGAGGUGUAUCAGGACAAACUUCUCGUGGCCGAGUUCAACAACAGAACGGGGGACUAUAACAACCCACAGGUGUGCACUGAGGAAUUUAAGGAGUUUGUGGCAGUGUUAAGGAGGAAGUUCAGCAAAGCACCUGGGUGCAGGAUUGAAAUCCCAGACACAAAGCAGGAGCUCUUCCAAAGGUUUAAGGUGUAUGCCAUUGGGGAUGACUGCCCCACGGACUCCAAGGAUGUGCUUAAAAGUGAAGAGGACAUCCAUUCUCUUGUCCUGAAUAACCUGAUUCAGAGCACACUGGCGGUGUCUAACCAUCAAGUGAAGACCAGGCUGUCUUUCCAGACAUUCCACCUGUACAGCCGGUACAAGCACGAGGUCCUGUACGAGGCGUUCCUGAAGUGCCAACGGAACGGCCUGGUGAACCGCCGCAGGAACGAGCAGCGCUACGGUGUGAAGAAGGACCGCUCCCUCCCCAUCAUGCCCAUGUCCUAUCAGCUCUCGCAGAGCUACUACAAAGUAUUUACAUGGCGCUUCCCUGCCGCCAUGUUCACUGAAGCCUAUGACCACUUGGAGAAACUAAUCGAGGCCGGAGGGGUGGACCAGCCGAGCGCUAUCUACGUGCAGCCCAAAGAGAGCGAGCAAGAGAAGGAGAGGGCCGGAGUGGAGGAGGUGGCGGAGGUGAAGAAAAGAGUGGAGGAGGAGAAGGACAAAAAGAUGGAGACGGAGAUGGAGACGGAGGUGGAGACGGAAGGCACUGACCCCCCUGCGGACACUCAGGAGAAGGCGCCCUCGGAGACCCCAGGAGAGGCGAGCUUGACCCCGGCGCCAGAGUCGGGGUCAGGGACACCUAAGCAGCCGCCUGCCGAAGCCCCUGGCCAGCUGGACGCGCUGUUGUCGGCGGAGAACCUGGAGGGCAUGGUGCUGUUCCCGCUGGACGCACCAGGGGGCGCCUGCAUGGCCUGUAUGAGCCUCAUCACGCUGGGCCUGCUCUCUGUGGACGUGUCCAUUCCCGAGCAGAUCGUGGUGGUAGACAGCAACAUGCUGGAUAGUGAGGUGGUCAAGAGGCUGGCCAAAGAGGUGGAGGAGGAGGAUGAGCUGGAUGAAGAGGAGGAAGCUGGUCAGACGUUGCCACUGAGGAAGAGGGUUGAGGUGAAGGCGUCCCAGGCCUCCCACACUAACUACCUGCUGAUGAGGGGCUACUGCAUGCCAGGCGUCCUCAGCAGCAGGCUGAAGGUCACCUCCGUGGACAGCGUAGUGGUCAACGCCUGCACCGUCCACGUACGGCUCCGGAAAACGCCUGCACACACACUCUUCAAGGAGAGGGAUUCGCCCAUCCUGUCGGGCUUCCUGAAGUCAGGCUUGCGUGACGUCCCUGAGCGCUUCACCCGUGUGUUCCGCAAGGAGGGCUCGGCCGCGCUGGCACUGUCCCGGCGCUUGGAGACCGAGCUGGGCUACGGCCCCGCCGACGUGAGCGCCGCCCUGGAGGUGUGGUGGUACGUGGACGAGGCCCAGAGCUACGGCGUGGACCGCCGAGACCUGCUCAGCCACUUCAGCCACAUGGUGCAGCCGGAAGAGGAGCGCAAGGGAGGACUACAGCAGUACCUAGAGGACCUGGUGUCACUGCAGGAGCUGGUGGAGGCGGGUGGAUGUGCGGUGCGCCUGGUGUCGCGGCGUCUGGCGCGCCCCUGGCUGCUGCACUCGGUGUGCGUGCUGCCCCAGCCCGCCAGGCCCCCGCCCACGGGUGGCGCCCAGCAGCAGCGCAGAUCGAAAGGACAAGGAGCCAGCCUCUGGGAGAAGGAGCAGAAGCAGCACCAGCGACACCUCCUCCGCAAGAGGGCCCUGGAGGAGCAGGAAGAGGAGCAGGAGAAGGAGAAGGAUGGAGAUGAAGAUGGAGGAGGAGGAGGAGUAGGGGCAGAGGAGCCGCUGGUGAAGGAGAAGGAUGGAGGAGGAGGAGGAGUAGGGGCAGAGGAGCCGCUGGUGAAUGAGAAGGAUGGAGGAGGAGGAGGAGGAGUAGGGGCAGAGGAGCCGCUGGUGAAUGAGAAGGAUGGAGGAGGAGGAGGAGGAGUAGGGGCAGAGGAGCCGCUGGUGAAUGAGAAGGAUGGAGGAGGAGGAGGAGGAGUAGGGGCAGAGGAGCCGCUGGUGAAGGAGAAGGAUGGAGAUGGAGGAGGAGCAGUAGGGGCAGAGGAGCAGCUGGUGAAGGAGAAGGAGAAGGGUGGAGGAGGAGCAGGCGGGAAGGAGAUGGAGGAGGCGCUUGGGGAGGGUAGCGGGGGAGAGAGGAGGAGCAGGAAAGCAGAGGAGGAGAAAGUAGGUCCGCCACCGAGGAAGAGGAUGGCAAAAGAGACGGGGGUGAAGAUCAGCUGGUUGAAGGCCCUAGGGAUGGAGGCGAGCGCUGGCGUCUCUAUGGAAACGGAGAUGCUGGAGGAUGCUGGGAAAAGGGAAGGAGGUGGUGAGCAGGAGAAGGCGGCGGAGGUGGGAACUACGGAUGGUGCAUCAUCAACGAGCGUCGGCGACAAACAACAGACCGAGCUUGAAGAUGCUGCUGGCUGUCUGUCCCCUUCAGAUGAACAGUCCAUUGACCACAUCAGCUUCCUGAGUCGCCCGUGGCGUGCGGUGGACGGCUCGGUGAACCGCUCGGUGUGUAAGGGCCUGCUGGAGGGGCUACUGCACCACGUCAUGAGCCGGCCCGGCAUCACCGAGCCCCAGCUCAUCCAGCACUACACGCGCGUGCUGCAGCCCGUCACCGUCAUCGACCUCAUGCAGACGCUGGUGGAGCUAGGUUGUGUCCAGAGGCGCUACCUGCUCCCGGCAAGUCGCGCCUCCCUCUUCUCUGCCCCGCGGUACGCGGAGGUGUGCGGGGAGGAGGUGGCGGCGUGCGUGGGCUACACGCCGUUCUACGAGCCCACGGUGGAGGCCGGGCUCCUGAUGUCCAAGGCCUUCCCCCACGAGAAGAACUGGAACCACUGGUCAGCCAUGCAGAACCAGUACCUCAAGCAGCAGCCGAAACCCCAGGAGGGAGGGGGCGCCACUGUGGCCGAGGGUGAGAGUGUGGCCGAGGGUGAGGGUGAGGGUGAGGGUGAGGGUGUGGCCGAGGGUGAGGGUGUGGCCGAGGGUGAGGCCUAGGGUGGCCGUGUGUGUGUGUGUGUGUGUGUGUGUGUGUGUGUGUGUGGCUUCACCUAGGGUGGCCGAGGGUGUGUGUGUGUGGCUUCAUGCAGGCCAAAGCCCACAGCUGUGACCGGAAUUAGUUCUGCAAAGUGUGCAGUACUUAAAGGAGAGAGAGAGAGACAGAGACCUAUUCUCUUUCUCCCUCAAGCUGAAUGUAAUAUUUGUAACAUAUUUGUGAAACGUUCUGUUCUGUUCUUCUUUUAUUUGUUGGUUGCGAAACUAAUAAAAUGUUUGAAAUGUU